UCCAAACUCUCACUCAUGCCCAAUGUAGAAUUCAACGAAAUUCAACGUUGGGUCUACAGGCUCCUCACCAACCCUUCUCUUUCUCCCCCUCAGAUGACUUCUCUAUGCAAGCGCCUGGAUGGGCUGUGGGAGGAGAACCAGGGCUGUGUUGUUCUCUUCACAUGGAUCCAGUUCCUUAAGGAGGAGGCCUUUGCCUUCCUCGACGUCAAGUCUCCCCUGGAGGUGGUCAAGGGGGGCAACGCUCCGGUGGAAUGGAAGAGGAGUGAGGCUGGUGUGAAGCGGGCGGGGAGUCUAACCGGGGAGAAGGAUAAACUGGAGCCCCUGCUGGAGCUGGACCCCCGUGCUGUCCUGGUGGUUGACCCCCGUACUGAUAUCCUACCUCAGCUCCUGGACUUUGAUGAAGCUCAGCGGCAGAAGGUGUUUGACGCCAAGGCGUUCUGCUGUGGUAUCUGCUUCAUGGAGAAGCUGGGCUCGGGCUGCCUGUGCUUUAAGGAAUGCAAGCAUGUGUACUGCAAGACCUGCAUGACGGAAUACUUCCAGAUUCAGAUCCGCGACGGCAACGUUCAGUGCCUUAACUGCCCCGAGCCCAAGUGCACCUCCUUGGCUACACCCUCACAGGUCAAGCUCCUUGUCGGGGAGGAGUUGUUUGCGCGUUAUGACCGCCUUCUGCUUCAGUCCAGCCUGGAUCUGAUGGCUGACGUGGUGUACUGCCCUCGCCAGUCCUGCUGCCAGGCUGUGAUGGUGGAGCCAGACACCACCAUGGGCAUUUGCCCAGCCUGCCAGUACGCCUUCUGCACCCUCUGCAAACGGGGAUACCACGGCCUGUCCCACUGCAAGGUCACAGCAGGUAAAGGAAAUAGUUUACAUUGUAUUACAUAG